UAGUUCCGGUUUCUUUCCCUCCAUCCUUCUUUCAACACGAGUCAGCACGUUCGGCACGCGAACGCGUUGCUCUUACGGUUUUUCCAUAAUCGUAUUUAAUCCACCUUCAAUCGUUGCUUUCUCGGUCUAAUAGUAACCAAGAUGCCUCCCAAAUUCGAUCCGAAUGAAAUUAAGAAAGUUUAUCUGCGGUGCGUUGGAGGUGAAGUAGGAGCUACUUCGUCUCUGGCUCCAAAAAUUGGUCCACUCGGUUUGUCUCCGAAGAAAGUCGGUGAUGAUAUCGCCAAGGCUACCAGUGACUGGAAAGGUUUAAAGAUAACUGUGCAACUGACAAUUCAAAAUAGGCAAGCUACGAUUUCAGUAGUCCCAUCAGCUGCCUCCUUGAUCAUCAAGGCAUUGAAAGAACCUCCAAGGGAUCGUAAAAGGCAAAAGAAUAUCAAGCACAGUGGCAAUCUGUCAUUUGAUGAUAUUGUUGCCAUUGCUCGAUCCAUGAGGCCGAGGUCUAUGUCGAAAUACCUUAGUGGUACUGUUAAAGAAAUAUUAGGAACUUGUCAAUCAGUUGGAUGUACAGUCGAAGGUAGGCCACCACGAGAUCUCAUUGAAGACAUCAACGGUGGAAAACUUCAAGUUCCUGAUGAGUGAUACGAUUUAUCGUAAGGAUAAGACAAUAAAAUGUUUUUGAAGUAAA